AUGUCGAGAGCUCUGGACAAACAUGUCAUCGCAGCUCUGAAGAAAGGCGACCACCAGAAAAUAUUUGACGAUAUUUCAAGUCUCUUCAAGCAACAGGAAGAUGAUCGUCGCCUCGAGAUUGAGAUCCUGGGUCAAAGCCACCCGUUGGGGCCAGACGAGCACCUAUUGCGAGACGAAAACGCCGUUGCUAUUCCCAAGCUCCGCAUAGUGCAGGCCUUCCUCUUCGCCAGGCAGAUCUUUGAGAAGCAUUUGGCUGGAGAUCCCAUUGGCGUUGAGCUGCUGCUAGCUGCAACAAGCGUUAUGCUGCUUAUGGAUCCGGAGCACCUUACAGCCACCAACACCAGGAAGCGCCUCCUUCGCGACGCGAUCUCAGCGGGAGACGAUGUGCAUGGGCGUCUGGCAAAAGAGAGAUGGUUUGUCGACAGCUUGCUGACCAGCCGAUUGCAUCGACAUACAAAAUCGCCCACGUUAUGGAGUCAUCGACGGUGGUUAAUGGGGCAGUACCGUCAUGCCGGGCUUCCCGUUGCGGUUCAGCAGGACAUUGAAUCGAUCGUCAUGGUAGCCGGAGAGCGACAUCCACGCAACUAUUAUGCCUGGACCCACGCACGAUGGUUGACCAGAAUGUUCCUGGUUGACGCCGAGCCUGGAGUGCUGCCAUCACUUGUCCAAAGUGUCAAGAGGUGGUCUUUCAGACAUCAUGUCGACGUCUCUGGCUGGUCAUUCCUUGCCCAUUUGAUGGAAAGGCUGGACGAUUGCGGCGAACAGACCUCAUUGUCGGUCUUCGAAGAGACUUUAAGGCUAACGGAGUCUCUCCGAUGGUGCAACGAGUCAGUAUGGUGGUUUUUACGGACGAUCGUUUCCAGACCAGCCAUGGGGCAAGCCAGCCGUGAGAAACUCGCAAGUAUCCAGAGAAAGCUUAUGGAUGUGAACGUCGAUGAUUCCACUGAAGCCAAGGUGCUGAAAACAGCACAAAAGUGGUGCGAGUCGUUCGGACCCCGCGGCGAUGCAACGUUUUCUGGCGCAUUGGGAUAG